GACGUCAUGGACACGGUGUCCUCGGCGCUGAAGGAGCAAAUCCUGACGGUGAUGUGCAGCCGGCUGCUGAGGAACGUGCCCAUCUUCCAGAACAGAGACGAGAACUUCAUCAACGUCAUCCUGCCGAAGCUGGAGUACGAAGUGUACCAGGAGGGCGACGUCAUCGUCCGGCAGCACGUCCCCGGCGACCGCAUGUUCUUCAUCGACCACGGCCAGGUCCUCAUGGAGGCCGACUCCUAUGAGAGGGAGCUGUGCGACGGAGACUUCUUUGGAGAGACGUGCGUGCUGACCAAAGGCAAACAUCUGGCCACGGUGAAGGCGCUGACCGACUGCCAGUGCUUCUCUCUGUCCUGGGACGACUUCCACAAGGCGCUGGAGGGCUUCCCAGAUGUCAAGAAGGACUUAGAGAAGAUGGUCCAGAUCGACUCGGAUGGUGGGCUCGUGUGAGACCAAAAAGCGGGACUUGCUUCGUGAAAAGGACAGACGCUAUGCACUUCCAGGGCAUUUCAUGUGGUUACGUAAGACUUUGCUCACGUGGACGCAAGCACUUGAGACGGACGGGUUUUUUUUCUCUCUCUCUAGGAAUCAUCUGUCUUCUGAUUCAUCAGUAAUAAUCAGCAAUAAACAAAGACCUCAGCAGUACAGACUUGAGACAUUUGACCUCCCUGUUGGCAGUUUAGCAUCGAUGUCUUAGCUGUAAAACGAGAGAGACAGUGAAGAAAACUCCAACCCAUCCAUCAUGACGUAGACCCACCCCAGCAGCCACAGCAUUCAAUACAUAAUCGUAACAUCCACUUCCCCGUCGCAUUUAGUGCUCAGGAACAGCUGGAGGAACACGACCAAGAGCCCCGAGACAAACUCCAAACUCCACAGACCUCAAUCCGACCUGACAGCGGGCUCGUGAAAGAAAAAAAAAGGACAUUUGGCUUUAUUAGUCGGACAGACGCUAUGCAUUUCCAGGGCAUUUGAUGUGGUUACAUAAGACUGUGCUCACAUGGACGCAAGCUGGACACUGAGAUGGACGGUUUUAGAGCAUUUCUUCCUCUCUAGGAGUCACCCUGUCCUCUGAUUCAUCAGUAAUAAUCAGCAAUAAACAAAGACCUCAGUAGUAAAGACUGAAAACAUCUGAUAUCCUUGUUGGCGUUGCAGUUUAGUGUCGAUGUUCGGUGCAUUUCGUAGCUACAAAACAAGAAAGACGGGGAGGAAACAGAAGCAGUCGGAUGAUUGCAGGUUUUAAACAAGUUGUGACGUCAGAUAAAGUUAUUUAAACGACGAUAUUUAGCAAAACUAUCACCCAUUAAUCACAGUUUAGACCAACAACAACCACCGAUCAGCCACAACAUUUAAAGCACUGAUGAAGGGACUAGCACUGAUUAUCUCAUUAUAGUCCAGUGUUCUGAUUGGAUAACUUGGGUUCUAGCAUUCACAGGGAUGCUACUCUGUCGUCCACCAGCUACCUGCCACACUGCAUCCACUGCUCAGGAACAGCUCGAGGAACACGACCAAGAGCCCCAAAGCAUUGCCGCAGUCUCCAAGCUCUACAGACCUGCAGACAGAGGUCCCAACCCGCAAGAUCCACCACUAAGAUGCAUGUACCACCCCCAUUCUUCCUUCAUCCAUGUUCCAGUGGGGGGCUUAUAAGCACUUUUAAAUGUUGUGACUGAUUCGUGGAGCUUUCCUGCGCGUUAUUAUCAGCAUUUACGGUAACCUCAGCUUCAGCAUUAUCUCCAGACGUGAUCUGGCUAAACUUACAAACACUGCAUGUCCAGACUUCUUGUGUUUCUCCCCUCUGUGGACCUAGUUGUUGUGCUACCUACCUGUUCUCACGUCUAGAUGCUGAUAUCGACACACGGACCUGUGUACAAUGGCAGCGCUAGCAUUCUGAUGUUCUGGCAUUCAUUGUAUUUACGAUCAUUAGCAGCUGCAGGUUGUGGACACGUCGAGUUUUGCAGGUAUUUGGUCACAAACCAAAGUAUUAUACAAAGCGGACUUCUGACCUCACUCUGGUUCUGCUCUGGGGACCAUGUCUGCACAAAGUUUCAUGCAAUCCAGCUGAUGUCGGUGGAGGUAUUCCAGUCUAAACCAAAGUUGACGGUGUAAAUGCUAUACAUGUGUAGUUCAGUUUACCGUUUCCUUCCAUCCAACACGCUCACUACAAGAACAAACUGUUCACUUAACAUCGAAUUUAUCUCGGACGCUCGAGAUGAUCGAGUCAUUCAUUUCAUCUGUGUUUGGUCGUAACCUUUUGGCUCAUCGGUGUAGACGAAACCCAAGUUACUCACUUCAGAAGAAGGUUAAAACUCAUGUAUGUAUUUUUUCUCUAUAAUAACAUUUAUUUGGAAGUAAUAUUACAGAAGACACGCUAAUGCCACUGUGAACGCAACAAAUACAAGCCGAUGUUGUACUACUGAA